AUGUUGUGUCACUGUGGUGGCCGGCUGAUAGUGACGUGCGUCCCACUCAGGCCCGAACGCUCCGGCAGGGGCAGAGGACUCCAGAACCUUCGCUGGGAUCCCUGGCCCCGGCAGCCAUGGCCCCGUAACCUGAGCUCUCCGUCUCUCUCCCCGUCCUCCGCCCUCCCUCUCCCGCCCUCUUCCCCUGCCUCCGCCUUCACCACGGCAGGGUGGGGGCCCUCGGGAGAGGCCGGGCUCCCCUGCCACCCCACGUCCUCCCCGCUGGUGGCCGCCUUCCUGGCACCCAUCCUGGCCGUGGAGUUUGUCCUGGGCCUGGCGGGGAACAGCCUGGCCCUCUUCGUCUUCUGCGUCCGCACGCGGCCCUGGACGUCGAACACGGUGUUCCUGGUCAGCCUGGUGGCCGCCGACUUCCUCCUGCUGAGCAACCUGCCCCUCCGCGUGGACUACUAUCUCUCCCAGGAGACCUGGCGCUUUGGGGACGCCGCCUGCAGAGCCAACCUCUUCCUGAUGUCCACCAACCGCACGGCCAGCGUGGCCUUCCUCAUGGCCAUCGCACUCAAUCGCUACCUGAAGGUGGCGCGGCCCCACCACGCGCUGAGCCGGGCCUCCGUGGGGGCGGCUGCCCGGAUGGCCGGGGCCGUCUGGGGGGUCAUCCUGCUCCUCAACGUGCACCUGCUGCUGACGUCCCAGCCCGGCCGCUCCUGCCUCAGCUACAGGGUGGGCGCGGAGCCCUCAGCUUCCAGCCGCUGGCACCAGGCCCUGUACCUGCUAGAGUUCUUCCUGCCGCUGGCCGUCAUCCUCUUCACCAUCGCGGGCAUCGGGCUCACCAUCCGGCGCCGCGGCCUGGGCGGCCAGGUGGGCCCGCGGAGGGCCAUGCGCGUGCUGGCUGUGGUGGUGGCCGUCUACAUCACCUGCUUCCUGCCCAGCGUCGUCUUUGGCACGGCGACCUUGGUGGCCUUCCGGCUGUCCGCCUGCCACGCCCUGGACGUCUGCUCGCGGCUGUUCCACAGCUCCUUGGCCUUCACCUACCUCAACAGCGCGCUGGACCCCGUACUCUACUGCUUCUCCAGUCCCAGCUUCCUCCGCCAGAGCCGGGCCCUGCUGGGCUGCUCGCGGGGCUGGCAGGGCCCAGCCAGUGACGAGAGCUCCUACCAGCCCUCGGGGCGGCGGCGGCAGGGGGCCUCCAGGAAGGCGGAGGCCUCUGGGAAGCUGCAAAUGCAGGCUGAGGUCUCCCUGGAAAUGGAAGGCUCCUCCCAGGACCGAGGAUGA